AUGUCCUCGGAGUGGCAAGAGGUUGACGCCGCCGCCAAGAUGAGCGCGGUGAGGGAUUGGCUGGACAGCAAGGGCCUGGGCGAGUACGCGGCCCAGAUUCUGGAGUUCACCGAGGUGUCGUGCCUGGAGGACUUCCGGCUGAUCAACCUCGGGAUGGCGGAGGAGGUGGUGCAGGCGUUGCAGCUGGAGCUGGUCACCGCCCAGAAGUUCCGCCAGGCCUUGGCGGAGAUGAACGGCGACUUGGGCGAGGCGGACUCCUGGGCAGUGCUGUCCAGCUGCGAAGACCCGGAGGCGCCCGCAGCGCCGGUGCCACCGCCCGCGCCGCCAGCGCCGCCUGCGCCGAGGGUGCAGGAGGUCAUCGCCAUUUGCAUCGACCGCUCAGGGUCCAUGGGCUCGCCCUUUGCGGAGGUGACGCUUAACGUGGUGAAGGGCGAGACGCGGGACAGCGUGGCGCAGCGCACGCGCAUGGAGGCGGUCAAGGCCAUGUUCUACGCGUUCCGGGACCGGGUGGAGUCCUUGGGGGAGGGGAAGUACCACCUGGGGCUUCUGCAAUUCGACAACCAGGUGGAGAAGCUGCUGGAUACCACGCCGGCCCUGGACCGCUUCGAGAGCAUCGUGGACGACAUGACGAAGCGGGGGCAGACGGCCAUCUACUCCUCCGUCUUGGCGGCGGCCAAGAUGCUGGAGCCCUAUUUCGAAGGUGGCGGCCCCGGCAGUCCGGAUCUGCGUGUGUUGGUACUCACUGACGGGCAGAACAACGCGGGUGCGGCGCCGCAGGAGGCGCUGAAGGCCGUGAAAGACAUCGGCGCGACGGUGGACGCGAUUUUGGUGGGGGACAACCCGGAUGCGGACCUGCGCCGCAUCGUGAGCGCCACGGAGGGGGAGUGCUACCAGAUCCGCCAUUUGGGGGAGGGCUUCGAGCUCCUGGAGUCUGAGGCGGUGGUGUCCUUGGCAGCGCGCCGCGGCGGCGAGGAGAAGCCGCCCUUCGUGCGGAGGGGGGAGGAGCACUUCCAGUCCAUCAAGGAGCGCGACAUUACCCAGGGCAGCCACGUGCCGAGGGUGCAGGACGCGAAGCAGGAGCACUUGGCCAAGGCCAAGGUGGUCUCCAUGGCGGAAGUAGACCAGUGCAGCAAGGGCAACCUGGGCUCGGGCGCCAUCAAGCGGGUGCUGCAGGAGCUGAAGAAGUGCACCGAGGUGGCCGCGGGCAUUCACAUCUUUCCCUCUGAGGACAUCAGCUUCUGGCGCGCACUCAUGGAAGGUCCUGCCGGUACCCCCUUCGAAGGCGGCGUUUUUGCCCUGGACGUGUUCAUCCCCAGCGACUACCCCUUCCGGGCCCCCAACAUCUCCUUCAAGACCCCCAUCUACCAUUGCAACGUGAGCGCGAACGGCAAGCUGUGCCUGGACAUUUUGCGGGAGUCGUGGCACCCCUCCCUCACGGUUGCCAAGUGCCUCGAGAAGAUCCGUGAGAUGGUCGCGCAGCCCAACACAGACGACGCCCUGAGGCAGUGGAUCGCGGAGCUGACCCUGGUCCACCAGAGGACCAACGGUGCAGACACGCGCUACUUCGACAACGCACGCGAAAGCACCAGGAAAGACGCCAGCCUCAGUGUAGAAGGUUGGAAGGCCCAGUGGGCGUCCCAGUGA